UUGAGGACUGCAGGAGACUGAAGCUUGGAUCAAAUAUUCUCUUGAGAUUGGUAUUGCUUGGUCUUGUUAUAUCUCAUGGAUUCUCUGAAAAACAUACCUGCUUUGAUAUCAAAAUGGUUAUCAACUUGCGCCUCUAUGGUUGUGUCCUUGUUGCUUCUGUUCUUCCCUGGCUUCUUAAAACGUUGGUUAUCUGAUCCUAUGACCUUACAAAUUGAUGAAUACCAUGGAAUCAGUAGUCGAAAUCAACUUUUCGGUGCUUUGGAGCUUUACUUGCAGAACAAGAUCAGCCCCUCCACUAGACUCCUCAAAAUUGCGCAAACUCGGAAAGAUAGUAUUUUCAGCACUCACUUUUCAGACAACCAAGAAUUUGAGGAUGUGUAUGAAGAUAUUCAGCUCAAGUGGAAGUUCAAUAUCAUAUCUAAAGAGUCCAAUCACCACCCUUCUUUGGCAUCCAAGAGAAAGCAAUACUUCCAGCUUAUAUUCGACUUGGAACAAAAGGAAAAGGUCAUGAAUUCUUACUUGCCUUAUGUUUUGGAGACAUUUAAGGCCAUGAAGGAGGAAAGGAAGCUUAUCAAGCUGCAUACCCUUGUAAGGGUAGAUCCUUAUAAAAUCAGAUGGGAUGCAAUUAAUCUCGAACACCCUGCAACAUUUGAAACUUUAGCCAUGGAUCUGGAGCUGAAGACAUCUGUUUUGGAGGAUUUGGAAAAGUUUGUUAAGAGGAAAGAGUUUUAUCAAAGAGUGGGAAGGGCUUGGAAGCGAGGGUAUCUUUUAUAUGGUCCUCCAGGCACUGGUAAAUCGUCACUUGUAGCUGCCAUGGCUAAUUACCUCAAGUUUGAUAUCUAUGACUUGCAGCUCACACAUUUGAAAUCAGACAUGGAAUUGAGAAAAGCACUGAUUGCAACAACAAAUAAAUCUAUACUUGUGAUUGAGGAUAUCGAUUGUAGUCAGGCGGAGCUGCAAGAUCGAAACUCUGGUAAGGGAAGUAGGAAAAAUGAGUCAGAAGGCCAGCAGAUUACGCUGUCUGGACUACUAAACUUCACAGAUGGCCUGUGGUCUAGUUGUGGAGAAGAAAGAAUCUUCAUAUUCACUACCAAUCACAAGAGCAAACUAGACCCUGCAUUGCUGCGAUCAGGACGAAUGGACAUGCACAUCCACAUGUCGUAUUGCUCGUAUGAGGGCUUCAAAACAUUGGCCUCAAAUUACCUGGGAGUCUGUGACCAUCCCUUGUUUGAGAAUAUCGAAAGCCUACUGAAGAAUACAAAGAUCACUCCUGCCCAAAUUGCUGAGGCGCUAAUGAAGAGUGAGGAUGCUGAAGUUGCACUCCAGGGUCUGAUCACGGUGCUAAAGGAAAAGAGAUACAAGGGGGAUGAGUACCUAGAUGAAGGUGAAGGGGAGCACUUGACAUAUUUCAUCUAGUUAUUUUUUUGAAGGGAACAAUAGAACAAUAUCCAGGGAAUAAGCUGCAAUGAAUCCGUAUGCAAGGGAAUGAAGGGAUUGAUCACAUUGAAAUUAUGAAGGCUUAGUUUUUUUUAUUGAAAUAUUAUUUGCUUUCAGUAGCGGUCUUUGUAUUAUUCGGUAGGCUUUUUAGACCCAAAAAGGU